CUCGUUUCUUCCUCCUGUAAACUCGUUUGCAACUCUUUCUGUAGUUUAAUAUAUUUUGAUUUACCUGUCAAAAAACAGAUGUCAAAGUUUCAACGGAAUACAAUAUUGCAGUCGAUAGAUACCCAUAGGAUCGGGAGCCGUCUAUAUGGUCAACAAGCAACUCAUAACUCAGAGUCUCGGACAGUGGCCGAGUGCUAAAUUCAGAGAGAGGAAUAUUGAGAGCGAACCUUCUGGUGGUAGAUUUCGGAUCAAAUUCCCAACACAACAGUUGCUACUGGUACAAGGAAUUCUGUCCACAAAUCCCUAGCAGGGGUUGAGGUUGAGAGAGAGAGGAAAAAUUUACAGUAUGGAUCCUAAAUUGUACGAGGCAGUAACGACAGGCAAAGUCCAUAUCCUCCGGCAACUAGCAGAAGAAAAACCGGGCAUCCUCCUGCAAUUGAGCCGGCCAAAACGUAACACAGUCCUUCAUAUUGCCGCGAGCUUUGACAGUAACGCCCUGGUGGAACUGAUCUACCGAUAUUGUCCAGAUGCAAUCGAAAAGAAGAACUUCAGGGGAGACACUGCACUGCAUAUCGCUGCGAGAACUGGAAAUAUAUCUAUGGUCACGUUUCUCAUUGACUGGGCGACACAUUUCAUUUGUUCAUUUUCCACAGACACCAUGAACAAUGCUGAAGAUGAAGGUGAUGCGAAUGUUCUAUUGAGAGUACCAAAUAUAGAGGGGAACACACCCCUGCACGAAGCUGUUCGAGGACGGCACCGUGCGGUGGCGGAGGUGUUGAUGAAGCAUGACCCCCGGUCGGCAUUCACCGUCAACAGAAGCGGCGAGUCCCCACUUUAUUUGGCUGCUGACCGUGGAUUGCUCGAUUUUGUGCAGCAGAUGUUGCAGUUUCCAUUGCAAGAUACUUCUCAAGACAUUUAUGGAGGUCCAAAUGGUCAGACACCUCUGCACGCCGCCAUUGCUCGGCGGCACACAGCUGUUGUCAAUGUACUAGCGUCCGGGAGAAAGGAGCUCAUCAACACAAAAGAUGAUGACGGAAGAACUCCUCUUCACUACGCAGCAACAUUUGGUUUUGCAGAUGGGGCUCUUUGCUUACUGAGAGAAGACACUUCCGCUGCCUAUCAGAAGGACAACGAUGGCCGCUUUCCAAUACAUAUGGCAGCUAGUAAAGGCCACACCAACAUAAUUAGAGUUCUUCUUGGGCAUUGUUUGGAGUCGAGAGAGUUGUUAAAUCGAAACGGCCAGAAUGCUCUUCAUGUUGCCGCUAAGAGCGGAAAAGAUCAACUAGUUACUUACAUUCUCAGAACACCAGCGCUAGAGAUGCUCAUAAAUGAGACUGACAACGAAGGGAAUACACCUCUGCAUUUGGCUACCAUGCACUCACACCCAAAAAUCGUCAACAUCCUCGCGCAUGAUGCAAGAGUAGACAUGAUUGUCAUGAACAAUGAAGGCUCCACAGCUCUAGACAUUGCAGAGAAGGAUAUCCUCAUACCAACAUCAUUUCGAAAGCUGCUUACACUAACAGCCUUGAGAACUGCUGGUGCACCACGAGGUCGGCGCCGAUCCAUCGUUGAAGGACAGAGGCAGGAGGAAACACAAGAUGGCAAAAACAAAAUGGACUAUUACAAAGACAGGAUCAACACUCUUGUGCUUGUGGCAACUCUUGUUGCCACUAUCACCUUUGCUGCAGGGGUCACAAUGCCUGGAGGUUACAGAAAUGAUGAACCAAACCAAGGCAUGGCGGUUCUACACGAAAAGCCUACAUUCCAUGUUUUUGUGAUUUCCAACACCCUAGCAAUGUAUGUUUCCAUGAUCCUAGUAGUCACCCUCAUCUGGGCACAAUUGGGUGACUAUGACUUGUUGGUGUUUGCCCUCAAAUUGAGUUUGCCUCUGUUGGGCAUGGCGCUCACGAUGAUGGCUAUAGCAUUUGCAGCAGGGGUAUACUUGGUGGUGCAUAAACCUAUUUGGCUCGGAUGCAUUGUUGUGGCCACGGGCUCUAUCUCUCUCCUCUGCAUCUUAGUUCUGUUUUUGCCACUCCAUGUUCAACUUUGGUCCAAGUAUCGUGGUCUACGGUACAUCUCCUCCUGUGUCUUUCGUCUACUGAUAUUUGCCAUUGGGCACAAACUUUAUGAGUUGGGAGAAUAAUUAGUUUAGUGCUUGUCAAAUGCAUCAUGUUCUCUGAUAUUUGGCACCAUAUUGAUCCCAUUGUAACAGAAUUUGGACAAGUAGAUUUUUGUUCUUGUUGAAAAGCUUUGGCAUAAAUUUGAUUGUUGGUUA